UUGCCUUUGCUUUUCAGUCUGUGCACAUUGGGAAGGUGUCCACCACUCUUCCCCAGACUCUCGCCUCCACCUCAACCAGCUCAAGGAGCUGUCCCCAGUCCCCGCAGUGAGAGGACCUGCUGCACCAAGAGAGCCAAGGGACUACCCGUCCUCCCAACACGAUUCCUCUACCUGCAGGGGCGGAGAAGGGGUUUCAUUUUUAUCCUCCCACCGUCCACCCCCCCUUGACUUUAAAUUGGGACCGGAAUUUGCAACCUGUUGACUUGGAACGCGCGAGAGGAUGAAGGGGCCGUGGCUGGUACUGGCAGCUCUGUGCCUCGCCCUGGCUAACCUGGGUGCCCGGGCAGAGGAUGGGCUCGACUUCCCAGAGUACGACGGGGAGGACAGGGUCAUCCAUAUCAGCUUGAAGAACUACAAGGCCGCCCUGAAGAAGUACGAAGUGUUGGCCUUGCUGUACCACGAACCCGUAGGAGAUGACAAGGCUUCACAAAGACAGUUUGAGAUGGAGGAGCUUAUUUUGGAGUUAGCUGCCCAAGUCCUGGAAGAUAAAGGUGUGGGAUUUGGGUUGGUAGACUCUGAAGAGGACUCCGCUGUAGCCAAGAAGCUAGGACUGGAUGAAGAAGACAGUAUCUACGUGUUCAAGGAUGAUGAAAUGAUUGAGUAUGAUGGGGAGUUUUCGGCUGACACUUUGGUGGAAUUCUUACUUGACGUUCUUGAGGACCCCGUGGAGUUUAUAGAUGGAAGUCAUGAACUUGCUGCCUUUGAGAACAUUGAGGAUGAACCUAAGCUCAUUGGAUACUUCAAGAACGAAGAUUCAGAACAUUACAAGGCCUAUGAGGAUGCGGCUGAGGAGUUCCACCCCUACAUACCGUUCUUUGCUACUUUUGACAGCAAGGUUGCCAAGAAGUUGACUCUGAAAUUGAACGAGAUUGACUACUAUGAACCCUUCCAUGAUGAGCCUGUCACCAUUCCCAACAAGCCCAACAGUGAAAAGGAGAUUGUGGAAUUCCUUCAUGAGCACAAGAGACCCACACUGAGGAAACUACAGCCAGACAGCAUGUAUGAGACCUGGGAAGAUGACUUGGAUGGUAUCCAUAUUGUUGCUUUUGCAGAGGAGGAUGAUCCAGAUGGUUAUGAGUUCUUGCAGAUCAUUAAAGAAGUUGCAGAGGACAACACCGAUAACCCAGAUCUGAGCAUCAUUUGGAUCGACCCAGAGGACUUCCCCCUGCUGAUCCCCUACUGGGAAGAGAAGUUUGGCAUUGACUUGUCCCGACCUCACAUCGGCGUGGUGAAUGUGACGGAUGCUGAUAGUGUUUGGAUGGACAUGGAUGAUGAAGAGGACUUGCCUUCAGUGGAUGAACUGGAAGACUGGAUUGAAGAUGUUUUGGAUGGAGAUAUCAACACCGAGGAUGAUGAUGAUGAUGAUGACGAUGAUGAUGACGACGACGACGAUGAUGACGAUGAUGACGACGAUGAUGAUGACGAUGAUGACGACGAUGACGAUGACGACGAUGAUGACGAUGACUAAACAGUCAUUGAUUAAGUCGUUAGCAUCUAACUAGAUUAUAUAUAUACGUUAUUCACACGUCAAAAAAAAAUCUGACUUUAGUAACAACAUAUUUUUAUAUGAAUUCUUGAAAGCUAAUUUUCUCUUUAAAUUGAUCCCAAUAGAAUUAACACCAACUUCCAAUCUUGAAAACCAUAGAAUGCAAGAACAUGCUUAAGAGCGGUAGCUAGGGACAAAGGGCAUCUGACAGGAUGUGUUCCGUAAACCACCUGGGCCACCCAGGGAUGUCCAUUCUAGUCCCCAGCAACCUAUGUCCAUUGUCUGUUUCCAUAAGCAGACUUACAUACACAAAAGCAUUCGCUUCAAGCAAGCGGUAAAACACACAAAGUCAUAAAAGCAAAUUUUGUAAAAAAAACAACAAACAAACAAAACAAAAUGUGUGUUUUUUUUCAAGACCGAAAAAACUUUUUGGUUAUUUACUGAGCAGUGCUGCAAAUUAACAAAGUACGAUCCUACUUGAAUGAACAACCAUUUAGCUGGCAUAAGUAACAUAAGUCCUCUGUGUAACCUCCGAUCCCUACCCCAAUGUCCGGCACACGCAAUGAGCACAGGCCGACAAUUUUGCAAGUGCAUAUUUUGACUUUUAACCAUGAAUUUUUUUACUGCUAGCAAAAUGAACAGAAUGAACACAACAUUGGAAACCCACUUAUUUCAGUCCAGCCUUAUCAUUUGCAUAUAAUAUGCAGGCAACAUAGCACUUCAUAGUGUAUGUUAACCCUUCCCAAUCACGGCCACACGAGAACAGCUAUUACCUUAUUUGAGAUGUAACGCCGCCUUUCCCAUGUAAAAUCCUUUACCUCCAACAUAGACACCAACCAGGACAUUUGACUUUCGCACACAAAAAAAAAAACAUUUUUGGACAUUUGGAUCUUUGCACAAGAUACUAUUGCUGAAAAACAAAAACAGUUUCAUGAAAAUCCACUAUAUCAAUUCAUAUAUCACUGGCAAGGUCUUAAAAACGGUUCUCUACUGUGACUUUUGUGGGGUGAGAAAAACAUGAAAAAAAAAUAAUCCCACAAUUUUGAAUGGUAAAGAAAGAAAAUUCGACAACA